AUGCGCUGGACUACCGAAAACGAGAACAUCCUCUGGCGUACCAUCUUCCACACACAGGACCUAGCCCUCGAACUAGAAAAAGUCUCUCAAGCCUGGCUUGGCAACGACAAACCAACCCCCAAAAUCAUUGAAGAAAGACUUAACAAAUGCCGCCAAACAGGAAACAACAAAGCCAUCUUCAGCAUGGGUCCCAAGAACGCGAUCGCACCCGCAACCACACUCGUACGCGCGACUGUUACUCUUACUGUUGCCCCUCGCAAAUUGCUCACAAGCAAGAAGGCUGCUGCUGCUGCGAUAUGUGGGAAUUUUGGGACGAAUGGAGCUCUUGCGCCUGCUUCUGCACCAGCAUUGACUACAAUGGGAAUGGGAACGGGGCAGGAGCGAACAUUGGACGCGGACGUGGAAGGCCUAGGAAGACAGCCACACCUGCACUUGUCGAUGUAG